AUGAGCAAGUCCUCUGUUGCUCAGGAUGACAAGAUGUCUCCGAUGACGGCUCAAGCCUUUACAGCAAACGCUUCCACCUCAACCACGGAAGGCGAACACUAUCAUGAUCCCAAUGAUCGGAAUAAAUUUCAUUCACUGGCUCGAGAUACUUUAACCUCUCCCCUUUCUACCUCUCAUUCUCUGCCUUUUGGUUUAUCCGAAUCAGCCAGUGGUUUCUUUAUGUCCACGGAAGAUGAAGAUGGAUUUAGCCUUGAAAUAUCUAGAGUGAUCGAAAAGGAAGUGAUCAAAGAAAUACAAGAUAAAGUACGAUCUCAUAGAAAUGAAGUACAACAUGCUGUACCAUUAACACUGAUGGAUGUCAUUCAUUGUACAAAAGAAGCAGCAGAAAGUAUCGCGAGAGAUGAUUUCACGGAGUGCUUUCGUCCAAAACCACCAGAACCUUGGAAUUGGAAUUUGUUUUUGUUUGUUGGAUGGUUGAUUGUACUCAUUGUUCGUUAUGUGAUUCUUUUUCCAUUGAGACUUUUAUUCUUUUUAACAGGAACUCUCAUCUUCAUUUUAGUGACACUUAUUUUGAUGGCAUUGAGACACAUUGCAGGAAGCAAUAACAAACCACAACAAAAACCUUCGACAGUCGUUUCGGAUGCAACAUCCAAAGAACCUCCAAGUGAACAGAAACCAAAAAAAAUUGGUACUCUUGAUUGGUUGGUGAGAAAGUCACUUCAGCUCUAUAGUGCUGUUUGGGUACAUGCCAUGUCUGGUGUUAUCAAAGUUCAUGGUGUGCCUCCAGUGAGAAGAAAAAAUCAGAUCUAUGUGGCGAACCACACGUCUCUUAUUGAUUUUAUUUUAUUAACUUAUUUGUGUGGUGUUGCUACCGUUGGUCAAAAGCAUGGUGGAUUUGUUGGCUUCAUGCAGGACAAGGUCGUGAGUCCUUUGAAGAAUAUUUGGUUUGAGAGAUUUGAAUCAAGAGAUAGAAAAGCGACAUCACAAAGAAUUUAUGAUCAUAUUAACGAUCUUAGUAAUCCACCCUUAUUGAUUUUCCCUGAAGGCGUUUGUGUGAAUAAUGAAUAUUGUGUCAUGUUCAAGAAGGGAGUUUUUGAAAUUGAGGAUGUCGAAAUUUGCCCUAUUGCCAUCAAGUAUAACAAAUCCUAUUCAGAUCCAUAUUGGAGCAGUCGUGAUGAAUCUUUCAUUGUCCACAUUUUACGUAUUAUGAAAUCAUGGUGUUUGGCUGUUGAUGUUUACUUUUUAGAACCACAGAAAAAGUUACCAAAUGAAGAUGCUAUUCAAUUUACUGAACGAGUCAAAGAAAUGAUCGCAAAGAAGGCCAAAUUAAUUAACUUAAAUUGGGAUGGAUAUUUAAAGUAUUACUCACCAUCUGAAAAAUUAACAGAGGCCAAACAAAGACUAAAUGCUGAGGUGAUGAAGAGAAGAUUUUUAAUUGGAGUUGAAGGAAUGGUUAGAAAUGCAAGUGCACAAUCUCUAGAUGGAAUGAACAAAUCUUCAUCACUCGAAGACUUGAAUAGAUCGAAUAGAAAGUCUGUGAGGUUUGUUGAGGAAAAAUCUUCCGAUACGACCUCAGAGAACAAGGAACAUCAAGAAUGA